AUGAACAGCAUGCAGGAUGCAGGCCCAUCUUCACCUUCCAUAGGCAAAAGCGCCGACACUGGCGGGAAGAGUUGGCGUGCAGGCUGGUGGGACUUCUAUCCUGCGCUCGAAACUCCCAAACGACUGGUUCACUGGUCCCAUUCCUCUCUGAUAUUCACAGCAGACCCUACCCGGCCACGAGUAAAUGCUCGCCAUUUCUCUUCCUCCAAGCAGUUUGUUCUGCCGUCUCCUCCGCCAAUCGUCUCGUCGUACGCAUCGUAUGAACCGCCAUCAGUAAUCUCUGCUUCACCAAAUGGUGAAUGGCUCUUCUCAUACUUCCCUCGACGCGACAAUGACGGAACCGGGUGCCUCUGGAAGCGGGGCCCUCAGAUUGACAACUGGCAGGUGCAAGAUUCUUGGAGUUUUGUCAGAAGUGGUGGCGUUGUGGCAGUUUCCUGGCUAACGAGCCCCAGAGAAUGGGUAGCAAAUAUUUCUGGAGAACCCAUGCGCCUUCCUCCCCGAGGUCCACAGACGCCCAUUUCAAAACCUACUCUCCUUCUUGUGACCCAAGACAACUGCAUUCAUCUCACCUACUAUCGCCAAUUUCUUUCGGGUAUCAGGACAAUGAAACGUUCCUUGUCAUUCAAUGGAUUGACUCUCGAAAAUGCUGCGGGCGCCUCCGAAAUCCCUGAAGGCCAGCACAGUCCGCGUCAGUGCGUGCGUGCAGCCAUUGGUAUGGGAUACAACGACGUCUCCAUCCUUGUGGCCACCAAUACCUGUAGGAUGCAGUCCACUACACCACCACCUGCACCAAUCAUGGCCCCACCGCCCUUUAACUCGAUGGAUCUUUCGAUUCCAAUUGCCAUACCAGAAACGCAUCCUCAAGAUCAUAAAUCUCCGGAAUGGGACGCUUGGGGUGAAGACAAUGCCCUUGAUAUAUAUGAAAUACAAUUGCGGUUCGACGGAUUGACGAUGAUUUUUACCAGCAAUCUCAUUUCCACUCUCGACCACGGCUCCCCAAUUAUUUCCGACAUUUCCUUCAUGUGUGCACCGCCGCCACCGCCCACUUCUGCACCAGCGGAAUCCUCUCGUGAGAGAAGUGUAAAGGAAAGAGGAAGAUUUUAUCUCGCUGUUGCAUCUGUUGAUUUCAAAGAGUAUACUUCCUUGCCCACAUCGAAAAUCAUACUGUAUUCUGUGAUUUGUAAAGCACCCAAUCCUCGCGGGUCACUUUGGGCGACCAAUGCCGAAGCUUCAAGAUUCGUUGAGCGCGGGGUAGUAACACACCUGGAAAGUUUCGUCGACUUCUCAACGCCCAGCCACCUUUCGAUUUAUGCCUACACAUUGGACAACUCGGGCCCUUUGGCGCCAGGAAAAUCUCGCCCUAAGGAGUGGUCGAUUGGUUCUAUAUCCGUUCUCAACGUUCCCGACCUCACCGACAACCUUAACUACGAGCCAACUAUCAUCAAUCACCCCUAUGAUUCUCUAGGUCGAAAUUUACCACUGUUCGCUGCAGUAUCACCAAACCGACGACUUCUCUGUACCCUUUCCUCAACAAUAUGGCGAACUAAAGUAUCGAUCCACCCUCUUCCCAAAGCGUCGACAUCUAGCAUUCCGCCCUUCUCAACUCCACUCGCGUGUUCUAUUCUUGCCAGGAUCUCGUCGGAAGACAUUAUCCACUCCAUCUCCGCGCCUCAACUUCCGCUGUCAGAGGCAACGGAUGUCAUGUACCAUGCUCUUGACGUCUUGGAAAAGUUCAAAUCUGAAACACCGUAUUCAGCAACAUGGGACAUUAUGGGAGUUGCGACAGAGGUAUACAGAACGCAAGCGCAAGCUACGAAGAACGAAGAAGAGGCGAAGAUGCUGCGAGAUCGUUGGCAAACGGCACUCGAUGUAUGCUCAAUAGCGGCUUGUAACACGGCAUUCGAAGAUUGCAAGGAGGACGGAGGCUACGAUCUUGAUGCAGCGUGGCGCAUACUCGGGAUGUGCACAUGGGUCGUCAACUUAACGGAGAAAUUGAUGAAAGCCUGUGUUCUCUCCAGUAAUGUCAAAGUAGCAAAGAGUCCUGUCAAAACGGAGGAGCCAGAGUCAACAGUGCUGUUGGACGCAACCCAACUAACGGCGCCUAUUCUACUCCAUCUUGCCCAUCCAUUUGCCCUGCAGAACCUUCUGAUUGCGCUUAGGCAUGUUAAAGCAUUUCGAACAUAUUUGGGGUCGCUCCCUGCUGGUGGAGAGAAUCCUAAGAUGGCCCAAACAAUCCUUAUCGACACUGUUGAUAGUUCAGGCGUGGAUUUCGCUGAACUGAUCACUGCGCUAGAAGAGGCCCUGCCUGCAAUUCAUGCCCUGGACACUCAGGAUUGCCAGAAAGCCCUUGCUUCCUGUCAACCCACCACCGUGAUGCAUGCUCACUUGGCCCAAAUCACGCAGAAAAUUUCUGAUUCGGAAACUCUCCUGAACAAGUCGACUCUGUUCAUCAAGCCUUAUGAUCUUUUGGAUGGCAUUGCGCGUCUCUCGCUGGAAAGUAAUCGAAAGAGUGAUGAGAGCGAUAUCAUCGCGAAAGGUCCAUUAUUCAAGCAAGGACCUCGAUGCGUGUGUUUGCGCUGUGGUGGCAAGACAGUUCGACCGACAAGCGCACCUAGGCCGGUGGUAAGCGAAGCUCCGAAAUGGAUUAUGUGGGAGAGGAUGUGGCAAUCGCGGUGUAUUUGUGGAGGUCCAUGGGUAGCGUCUACUUUGCGAUAG